AUGGGUCUCAAAGAGAAGUUCCAAAAGUUUAAGUACUACAUUUCAGGGUCUCCCAUUAAGGGCGAACAAUACAAGGACCCACCUAAUGUGAAGGAUCUUCCUCACAUGAAAGACGCGGACGGCCAGUUGAUUGCUGUGUCUUCGGGAAAGCGGGAGUUGUCGCCAGCAUUGAGUGCCAACCUUAACAUUCAAUCUUCCGGCGGACACAAGCAUGUGAAAGAAAGCGACGAUACCAUCGAGGGUGUAAUGGCGAAGGCAUGA